CCCCGGCCAUAUGAACUCCCAAAAUACCCCGGCCUAGAUAGGGUUAAGGGAGACAAUGACAAAUAUUGAGGCUGUGAUAUUCUCGGAUAGUGGGCAAAAUGAAAUCUCAGUAUGUGUGAAUGUUUAUUAACUAUUAAUGUGAACCUGUAUUUGAAAUUGAAACUCCUCCUUCCUUGAUCUCUCUCUCAUCGGAGAUCGUUCUAGAAAUUGGGAGUGCUUACUUUUUCGCUGAUGCACAAAAGCAACGUGCCACCGAAUAAGGAAUCAAUGCGCCCCAACGAUAUGAGGAUUCGGGAACUGCGAAACACAUGGUAACGAUCGCAAGAUAUUGAUUAACUCUGCAGAAUUAGAGAAAAAAUAUCCAGCAUGGCCGCAAUUAAAGCUUUGAAUCCGAAAGCCGAAGUAGCCAGAGCAGCACAGGCUCUUGCAGUUAACACAAGUGCGGCUAGAGGACUUCAAGAUGUCUUACGAACCAACCUUGGACCAAAAGGGACCAUUAAAAUGUUGGUUUCUGGAAGUGGAGACAUCAAGCUCACUAAGGAUGGCAAUGUAUUGUUGCAUGAAAUGCAAAUUCAACACCCCACUGCAUCCAUGAUAGCAAAGGUUGCAACUGCUCAGGAUGAUAUCACUGGAGAUGGAACAACCUCCAAUGUUCUCAUCAUUGGAGAGCUUCUCAAACAAGCUGAUCUCUUUAUCUCUGAGGGACUUCAUCCACGCAUUGUGACUGAGGGCUUUGAGUUAGCCAAAGAGAAGGCAUUGGAGACCCUUGAGGGUAUAAAGGUUUCCCAGGAGAUUAAUAGGGAUAUUCUCAUCAAUGUGGCACGUACUUCACUUCGCACCAAGGUCCACCCUCAGCUCGCCGAUCUCCUCACAGAGGUGGUAGUAGAUGCGGUUUUAGCCAUCAAGAAGCCUAACGAGCCCAUUGACCUGCACAUGGUUGAGAUCAUGCAGAUGCAGCAUCGCAGUGAUACCGAUACCUCCCUGGUGCGCGGCCUGGUGAUGGACCAUGGAGGGAGGCAUCCUAACAUGAAGAAACGUGUGGAGAAAUCUUUCAUCCUCACCUGUAAUGUGUCAAUGGAAUAUGAGAAGAGUGAGGUAAAUGCUGGGUUCUUCUACAAGUCUGCUGAGGAGAGGGAGAAGCUUGUCCAGGCUGAAAGAGCUUUCACCGACGAAAAGGUUCAGAAGGUCAUUGACCUCAAGAGGAAGGUCUGUGAGGGAAACGACCGAGGAUUUGUUGUCAUCAACCAGAAGGGUAUUGAUCCCCUAUCAUUGGAUAUGCUUGCGAAGGAAGGUAUCAUGGCACUACGUAGGGCCAAGCGAAGGAACAUGGAAAGGUUACCCCUGGCCUGUGGUGGUGUAGCAGUGAACUCCUUUGAUGAUCUCACCCCAGACGUUCUAGGUGAAGCUGGACUGGUCUAUGAACAUGUCUUGGGAGAGGACAAGUACACAUUUGUUGAGGAGUGCAAGAACCCUCAAUCUGUGACUAUCAUGAUCAAGGGCCCGAACAGACACACCCUCACCCAGAUCAAAGAUGCUACUCACGAUGGACUCAGAGCUGUAAAGAAUGCUAUUGAUGAUGGUUGUGUGGUUCCAGGAGCAGGUGCCCUUGAAGUAGCCAUCUACGCUGCCCUACAGAAGUUCAAGGAGACGGUCAAAGGUCGUGCUAGGCUUGGUGUCCAGGCCUACGCCGAGGCUUUUCUCGUCAUUCCUAAGGUCCUGGCCCAGAACUCUGGUCUAGAUGCCCAGGAGACCAUGGUCAAGCUACUAGAGGAGUAUGCAGAGUCUGGUCAACCUGUCGGGGUCGACAUAUCAUCAGGUGAAGCAGUUGUUGCAUCAACAGUAGGCAUCUGGGAUAACUACUGUGUGAAGAAACAGAUUCUUCAUUCAUGUACCGUCAUCGCCAGUAACCUCCUCCUUGUAGACGAGAUCAUGAGAGCUGGGUUAUCAUCGCUCAAAAAUACAGCAGGGUGAUUUUCCCCGCCAACUAGUCUAACCAGCUAAAGUAAUAAUAUUGUCGUAAAUUAAUGUUUUUUUGUUAAGUCAACAAAUGCCCAUUCAUUCAUACUGGUGUGUGCGUUUAAAAAGAUUGGGAGUUUUUCAGCCAAUAUUUGAUAGUAGGUUUACGCUUUUCAGACUUCAGAAGAAGCAGCACUGUAUGUUUUCUCGGACCAUGGUAUAUAAACCAAAGAAUGGUUUUCCAUUUCAUGAACGCCGAGAGGCAUUGGUUGCGAGUUGAUAACAGUUCUCAGACAUAGCCUUUAUAGUUAUUUAUAAUGAAAAUAAAUCUUGAAUGCAAUGAAUUCUUAUAUCCUAUAUAAAAGCUACCUGUUCAUGGCCAAUUAUCGAUCCCAGAUCAAAACCAUAUGAUUUUCAUCUGAUUUCAGGGGGCGUCAUGGGCUAGUGGUUACGACUCUUAUCUCUCAAUCAGAGGGACGUGGGUUCGAAUCCCAGCCAUGGCGUGUUUUCCUUCAGCAAGAAAUUUACCCACGUUGUGCUGCACUCAACCCAGGUGAGGUGAAUGGGUACCCAGCAGGAUUAAUUCCUUGAAAUGCACUCAGCGCUGGAAGGCUGCUUUAGCUAAAAUAAAUAACACAACAACAAUGCGCCUCAGAAUAGAUUAUUUCUCAAUGGAUGGCGCAAUAUAAAUGCCUAUUAUCAUUAUAAUGUUUAUAUCCCUUCUGUAUUGCAUCCUAGUGAAAAAUAUCUAAGAGCAUGCGUGUGUAAGUACCCUGUACAGUGGACUCUUGUAUCAGUCUACAAGUAUAAUUGUAACUCCAGGGGAGCAUUUCAUGAAACAAAUAGUGGUUUUCACCGACUAUGUAGCUCUGAGCCAAUCAGAUGCAAAGAUUUCAGUAGCUUAAAACAGUCAAUAAAAAUCACUUGCGAAUGGGCUUCCUAAAAUGUUCCCAUGAUGUACAUGUAUACAGAGCUGCCAAGUAGUACUGGUUUUCAGUAAUUAUUACUUAAAAAUGAGAAAGAAUACUGGUGGUUUCAUGCAAAUUACUGAUUUCUUAAGUUUCAGUUUGUGUGUUGACCUAUGGUAUUUCUGUGAAAAUACUGAUUUUCAGUCUUUGAAAUACUGAAAUGUGUUUUAUUAGGUUGGCAUCUCUGUAUAUCUACUUGCCUUUAAAGGUGUCAUGUGGGCAUUAUCACUGAACACAGACUACAUGUAUGUGGGAGCUUUACCUCAUCUUUCUAAUGUGUGUAACCAACCCGUUAUAUUUAUUAGGAUGUAUUUUAAUCGGGGAUUUCAGUAAUAUAAAAUAGAAAGCAAGUUUUGUUCAGUUAUUCAGAGGCUCGUUUCAUAAAACUUGUCAGACGUGGAAGAAGCGACUGUUAUAAACUCCUGAAAUCAUGCCAUUUUCUUGGCUGAUGGUGAAGUUGUGACAGAGUUCUGGCAAUUGCGAUUAAUAACAAAUUUUAUGAAAAUGGACCAGGUGCUACUGGAAAGUUGUUAGAUGAUAUGAAUGAAUGGGCAUUUUGUGACUAGUUGACUUUGUGAUGAUGCAGGGCUAUUUAAGCACUAUCUCUUUUUUUGUUACAAAUAUUUGUUUUUUUUCUUUCUACAUAUUUUUAACGUCACAUAAAGUUAUGCUGAAAGCUUGCAACCAUGAGAUUAGAUGAAAAGACCCACAAUGAAUUGAAAAUUUAAAGACACAAGAAUUGUGGAAAUUCAACCUAGCAUAAUGUCUAUAUUUCUUCAAAGAUAUGAAACAUUCUUGACUACUGAUAGUCCAUUCCAUUCGAAUCCAUGAUUUAUGCUAUUCAGUAGGUUAAUAUCUUAUCUAAACACAGUUCCAAUAAGCUACACAAAAUGCACAAGUCUUUAAUGGUAAUCUGUUAAUAACCUGGUUUAGAAUAAGAAAUAUGGAUUCUGUUUACUGUAAAUGCUCCAUUUGUUCCCUGAUUUUCAAGGCAUUUCUAGGUGGUAGAUAGGGCACAUAUGUCUUAUGAUUGCUAAUAGGCACCUGAUCAAAUCACCAGUAUGUAUCAGCUUGUUACCAGGGGGUUGAGGGUUGACGUAGCUCACUUGGACAUUUUGAAAUUCUGGUAUAAAAAAUGAUAACAUACAGAUUAUGAAAACCAGGAAGUCUAAACACUAUCUCACUUCAUACUACCUAUGAAGCAAAUUAACACUUCUCAGUAGAUAGCUGGCAAUUAAGCUGGGGGUAUCUGCUAACUUGCAGAUGAACUGGUUGUUUUACCCCCCCCCCUGCUCUAACCUGAAAGAGAUAAACAGUAUGAUAGUACUUUAUAAACUUGCAAACCAAUUGUAAUAAAGUCUUAUGUAAUUAUGGUAGUGGCGUGUAAUUUUUUUUCAGUACCAUGUAAUCUGAAUGCUGUGAUAAGUCGGUGAUUAAUAAAAGUAUUGAUUUGAUAUUACAAA